CACCUCUUCACACCUUAUCUUUUUCGUCUUCUCUUCUCCCCUAAUCCAGUUGAACAAAAAUGUCGAGAAGGAGACCCCCUCCACAAGAACCAGAGUCAUUAUCCGAUACCGAAGACCUGGAACUCUCAGAACUCGCCAAUCAGCUCCCAGAACCUGAAGAAGACUCCGAGGAGGCUGAAUCAUUCUUCAAAGAGGCCUGUGAAGCUCUCGAAUCGGAGGAGUUCAAAAAGUUGGAUGAGGUAGAUGAUAUAGACUACGUCGAUGACAGGGAAGAGUUGUACGAUUUUCCGCAUGACCCGGAGAACUGGAAAGAGGAGGAUUUGAAAGAGUAUUGGGCGGAUGGUCCGCCUCUUCUCACCAAACCUGGAUGGGAUCCGAAUUUUGUUGAGGAGGAUGAGCUUAAUAUAAUUAAUCAGGAGAUUAAGGAGGGUAAGGACCCGCCUAUUGCCCCGUUUUAUGUACCAUAUCGGAAAUAUUACCCCGUCGUUCCCCACAAUCAUUUCGAUAUUCGUAAUCCAAAAUCGGUUAUCGAAGAACUUGAUCGGAUUGAGGAGUUUUUGCAAUGGCAUAGCUUCGUUUUUGCCGAUGGCAGCACGUACGAAGGCACUGUCUGGGAUGAUUUGGCUCAUGGCAAAGGUGUUUAUGAAGCUGAGCAAGGACUGGUCAGAUAUGAAGGUGAAUGGUUGCAAAACAACCCAGAGGGUCAUGGGGUUCUUGAAGUUGACAUUCCUACUUAUGAGCCCGUCCCAGGUUCAGAGCUUGAAGCUCAAAUGCGCGCUGAAGGAUAUAUAUUUAAGAGAGAUUUCAUGUCACCAGAAGACAAGGAAUGGCUGGAGAAGGAUAUUGAAGAUUGUGUCCGUUUCUCUCGGGGCCGUCGUGAGAUCCCAUUCUAUGAAAAUGAGGAAUGGGUCAGACAAUUUGGAGAGAAACCGGAGAAGGGUCGAUACCGUUAUGCUGGUCAAUGGAAGCAUGCCAGAAUGCAUGGUUGUGGUGUUUUUGAACUGAAUGAACGUACCACUUAUGGACGGUUUUACUUUGGAGAGUUUCUGGAGGAAGAUCAUGGUUGUGAUGUUGAGACUUCAGCGUUGCAUGCAGGUAUAGCGGAAGUGGCUGCAGCAAAGGCUCGGAUGUUUGUUAACAAACCUGAUGGAAUGGUCCGAGAAGAGCGUGGUCCAUAUAGUGAUCCUCAGCAUCCCUAUCUGUAUGAAGGAGAGGACGUGUGGAUGGCACCAGGCUUUAUUAACCAGUUUUGUGAAGUCCCUGAUUACUGGAAAGCUUACAUCGAGGACGUGGAUGAAGAACGACAGAUGUGGAUAAACUCGUUUUAUAAAGCCCCGCUAAGGCUACCCAUGCCAGCUGAGCUCGAGUAUUGGUGGAAAAAUGAGGGGCCUCCUGAGUUUAUUCUGCUUAACAAGGAGCCGGAACCUGAUCCUGAAGAUCCAUCCAAGCUGGUAUAUACCGAGGAUCCUGUUAUCCUACACACACCAACCGGACGUAUAAUAAACUAUGUAGAUGAUGAAGAAUAUGGGAUCCGGAUGUUUUGGCAACCACCAUUGAAGGAGGGGGAAGAUGUUGAUCCCAGCAAGGUUGAGUUCUUACCUAUUGGAAACGAAGACAUGCGUAAAGUUGACCACCGCAACUUUUUUGAGCGUAUGCUAACAUCAAUGCAAGAUAAAUGCAAGUCGAUGCUGGAAAACCUGGAGAAACAGACUGAAGAGAAGAAGAAAGAAAGUGAAUUGAAGAUGAAAAUAAUAGAAACAGAUAUCGACAUAGUAGAAGCUGAAUCUGAAUUAAAGGAGAUCAUUGAAGAAAUGGAUGAUGAGUUGAGGAGAUUGGAGAAAGAAGAGCAAAAGAAGAUGGAGUUGGGGUUGGAAGAGGAUGAUGAUGAUGAUGAUGAAGCAACUGGAAAAUCUGAGAAAGUUUCUGGUGAUGAUGGUAAAGUUGUCGAGGAGGAAGAUGAGGAUGAAGUUGAAGAUGAAGAUGAUGACGAAGACGAUGAUGAAAACACACCACCUAGCUUUGGAUCUUUUGUUAAAGAUGAAGAUUCAACAAUAAAUGACGCAAAGGGCAAGAAAGGUGGAAGAUCCUCACCGUUUGCUGCGUCUUCCUUGCCGUUUGCUUCUUGUGGGCUUGCAUCUCUGGUGCCAUCUCAUGUACAUCAAUUAUUUAUGGCAUGGAAGGAGUCCAAGUUGCAAACAAAGCCAGCAGCUUGUUCUUCAUCAUCAUUCGGGUCUUGUGAAUGGAGCAGAAAAAGUAGCAGUGUCGGAUUUAAACGAAUGUUUGACCAAGGUUCGACUUUGAGUUUGACUUUAACGGCACGUAACCAGGUUAAGAAGCAGAUCAUUCGCUCAAAGCCCAAACUUGGUCUUAAAAGAAACAUGAUGCAAAAACUACAAACCUUCACUUGGCCUAAUGAAGACUUAGGUAUAUUAUCCUUGCACAUUCCCAUUUAGAUAUGUUCUUUAUUUUACACAAGUACCCUUGGUGCCUAAUCAGACACUUGGUCUUUUGUAAUGUUCGUUUAUUGUUGGCAGACAUAGCUAGCUGUGGCAUUUUUGACAUUUUACCAAGACUCAAUUGUUGUAUGAACCUGUUCAAUCCGAUCCAUUUUUUU